AUGUCCAAGUUUCACCACCAUAAGCCGUGCACGACCGCACCGCACGAACAGGAAGGCAUUGCCUCACGACCGCGCAACAUGACCCAUGCCGCACGCACGAUCGUACCGUCCGACCAGGAAGGCUUUGUCCCUCGUCCAGCCAGAACAUUCAAGCCUUAUCAUCCGUCCGGCCGAACCCGACGACCGAAUGAGAAAUCUCUCGGCCACGAUCGACCCGACCGUGCCGAUAGCCGAUCAUCACCCAGUAGCCGGCCGAACGUCCUGACCGACCGUUCGAACGGUCCGGUCGACCCGAAGCCCGUUUUGAAGCCUGUUUCACAUGUUUUCACGGCCCGACUUAACCUAAUGCUGCCUCUGAAGACCUAG